AAUCACGCAAAUCUUGUGAAUCGCGUCGUUUUUAAUGUGCGAGCGAUGUUCAACUCGAUCUUUACAAUUUGAUAACAAAUCAGUGAUAAGAUUGUCCACCGUUAUCAUCCGGAGAAUGUCACGAGCGUUAAAACAUAACUACUGAUAAACUAGUAGUAUUGUACUCGAUUUGACCUUGCUCAGUAAAAGUCAACGUACAGUGCGUUUGUUUUUAUUAAUGAAAUGUCAAACGCCGCAGUUGUACUUCCCGAGCGGAAUGACGUGAGCGCAGGCAGCGCCGCCGCGCCAGGACGUCGAACUAACCGCAGUAGCCUGAAGUCCGUCGGGGAGUGCGCGUCGCGGUAGACGGGCCGCGUUGUCUACAAUGGCCAGCAACAUAAAGCCGAUGCACAAGACGAAACACUUCCCGAUAGACCACCUCGUGUGCGUCGGCAACUACGAGCUGGAGAAGACGAUCGGCACGGGCAACUUCGCAGUAGUAAAGCUAGCGACACAUGUUAUUACUAAGAGUAAGGUAGCAAUAAAAAUAAUAGACAAAUCGCGGCUGGACGAAGACAACCUGAAGAAGACGUUCCGCGAGAUCGCCAUCAUGAAGCGUCUGCGCCACCCGCACAUCGUGCGCCUCUACCAGGUGAUGGAGAGCAGUCACACGCUGUACCUGGUCACGGAGUACGCGCCCUGCGGGGAAAUAUUUGAUCACCUGGUGUCGGCGGGGCGCAUGUCGGAGCCGGCGGCGGCGCGCUCGUUCGCGCAGAUGGUGGCGGCGGUGGGCUACUGCCACGCCAGCGGGGUGGUGCACCGCGACCUCAAGGCCGAGAACCUGCUGCUGGACAAGGACAUGAACAUCAAGCUGGCCGACUUCGGCUUCAGCAACGAGUACACGGCGGGCGCGCCGCUGGCCACGUGGUGCGGCAGCCCGCCCUACGCCGCGCCCGAGCUGUUCGAGGGCCGGCAGUACGACGGGCCCAAGGCCGACGUGUGGUCGCUGGGCGUGGUGCUGUACGUGCUGGUGUGCGGCGCGCUGCCCUUCGACGGCGGCACGCUGAGCGAGCUGCGCGCCAGCGUGCUGGGCGGCAAGUUCCGCAUCCCCUACUUCAUGUCGCAGGCGUGCGAGCAGCUCAUCCGCCACAUGCUGGUGCUGGAGCCCGAGCGGCGCCUGUCGCUGCGCGGCGUGGCGCGCCACCGCUGGCUGGCGGCGCACCAGCCGGGGCCGGGCCCGGGCGCGGCGGCGGGCGCCUGCGCGUGCCACCCGCCCGCCGCGCCGGCUGCCGACGCCGCCGCGCGCCACGCCGCCGUGCUGGCGCGCAUGCUGGCGCUGCCCGGCCUCACGCCGCAGCACAUCCAGCAGUCGGUGCAGGAGGAGCGCUUCGACCACGUGGCCGCCAUCUACCACCUGCUCAUGGACAAGCUCGAGCAGAAGGACUGCAGCGCCGACAUGGACCGAGAUUCGCUAGAUUCCACAACGGGGCUCCCCCUAGAUCUCACUAGUUGUAAGAGCAGCGAAGAGGAGCAGAUGGAGGCAGAGGACAGCGGCGAAGGGCUGCAGGUGGCCGGCUACCUCACCGGAGUGCACUCGGCUGACAGUUUCGAAAAGUUCGGCGAGUCGGCGCCGCAGUGCGAGGAGUCGGCCGCGCUGAGUGCGCCGCCGUCGCCGCCCUCGCCGCACGCCGCGCGCCGCCACACCGUGGGGCCCGGCGACUGUCGCCACGCGCAGGCGGGCGAGUUGUCGGCGCGCGCGGUGCCGCUCUGUGCAUCUGCACACUUUAACCAGGCGGGCGGCGAGGCGGGCGGCGGGCCGGCCGAGGUGUCGCUGCUGCCCAACACCAACCUGGCGGCCAAGCUGCCGGCCGUGCAGCACCAGCCGCCGCGCUACUGCAGCGUCAAGCACCACCUGCUCAAGCCGCCCGUCGUCAUGCAGGCGCAGGGCUCGUCGUUCGGGCGGCGCGCGUCGGACGGCGGCGCGCACGUGCGGCGCGUGGAGCCGGCGUGCUGCGGGCCCGCGCCCUCGCACCACGUGUCGGACAGCGGGCCGGCGGCGCGCGACGCGGGCGCGGCGGCCGAGCAGCGCGCCGGCGACGCCGCCUACAACUCCAACCUGUGCAGGUACAUGCUGAACCGCGGCAGCAGCAAGCGCCACACCAUGGCCACGCCCGAGGACGCCGCCGGCGUGUCGGCCGCCUGCACCGCCACCACCAUGGCGAGCAGCUCGCCCUCGUCGUCGGCCAACUCGCGCGUGCGCCGCAGCGGCCUGCUCACCGUCACCGAGCGCCCGCCGGUCAUAAGCCCCGAACUCGUUAUGGAGGUGGAGGCUCGGAUGAACCGGAACUACCUGCCUCGGUCCAUCCAGGGGGGAUACGCCUACCCCGGGCAGCCGGGGUACCAGAGCCCCCCGCCCGGGAACCAGCAGCCGACCGGCCAGGGCUCGAUAACCGCGGGGACGCCGAACUAUUCCAAAAAUUCCAUGAAACCCGUCCUCGAGACGAUACCGCAGGGGAGCAUCAUGGGGUCCGCGGCGCAGGCGGCGACCCCCUACACGCCCGCCGCGUCUCAGUACUCCCCCACGCACGGGGCCGUCGUGCCGCAGAGCGGCUCCAUCGUCAGCGGGACCCCGCUCUGCACGCAGGCGGGCGGCGCCCCCUCCUCCGGCGCGAACGCCCAGUCCUCCGGCUCGAUCGUGUCGGGCACGCCGCUCCCCGCCCCGAGCUAUCAGAUGCAGGGCUCCAUCGUCAGCGGCACGCCCGUCCAGAGCCAGCCGCCCGCGCCCGGCGCCACGGCGCCCGCGGCCCCCGGCGCGGCCGCCCCGCAAGGGUCGAUCGUGUCCGGGACGCCGAUGCACGGCCAGGGGUCGAUCACGGCCGGCACCCCCGUCCAAAGCCAGGGCUCGAUCCCGAGCGGCGCCCCCGGCCAGAACCAAAUGUUCCCAAACCAAGGCUCCACGAGCACCGGGACACCGGUCAGCCAAGGUUCGAUCGUGUCCGGCACCCCCAUGAGCGUGGACCCCAAAGGCUUCCCCACGUUCGGCGUGUACGGGCCGAGCUUCCCCGGCGGCUACCAGGCGGGCCCCCGGCAGCGCAAGUACUCGGGCCCGCAGCGAGUCAAGCUGCAGAUGUUGGCCACGGUGCAGGAGAUGGCGCGCGAACAUGCCGAGCGCUACUCGCCGGUGCGGCGCGCGGAGCAGAGCCCGCCGCGCGCCGCGCACGACCUGGCCUCGGCGCGCAUGGAGUACCAGCAGCUGCAGCGCGGCCUGGAGCGGCGCGGCGGAGCCUCCCCGCCGCACGCCGCGCACGCGCCCGCCGCCUCCGUGCCAGGCUCGCCCGUGCACGCGCCCGCGCUCGAGCUCGGCGCCGCGCCCGACGCCACGCCGCAGGACCUGUCGCUGAAGCUGGGCAUCAACCUGAACAGCCUGUACUCGCCGCAGCUGUCGCAGGAGGUGCUCAAGUCGCUGCACUCGUUCGGCGGCUACGGGCCGGGGCACGCGUCGCCCGCCAGCCCCGGCUCGCCGCUGCACCAGAUCACCGAGGGGCUCAGCUACCUGCACACGGGCUCCAUCACGCGCGGCACGCCGCAGCCCAGCGCCGCGCCGCUGGACCUGCGCAGCGGCGUGGACGCGGACGCCUACCCGCAGCUGCACCCCAUGGUGCACCCGCAGCUGCACGCCGUGGCGCACCGCUCGCUCAACAACUCGCCCAUCUCCAACCCCGGCUCGCCGCUCGACAUGAUCCAGGAGGAGAUCGGCAACGGCUCGCACAACGGGGACGCCAAGUUCGCGGAGCGCGCCUUCCCGCCCUACCCGGCCGCGCAUCCGCAGAUCAGCCUGACGGACUGCCUCGGCUCCGAGAUCACCCUGGUGGCGUCGUCGUCGGAGGACAGCGUGGACAGCUUGGAGAACGCCAAGUACCCUCUCCCGCAGUUCGUCAUCUCUGAGCCGUCGGACCUGGACGACCGGCCGUCCAUCACCAAGGGCAUCGGGCGCAAGGUCAGCCAGGAGGUGGAGCGCGCGCCGGCGGACGCGGACGCGGACAUGCCGUCGCCCAAGGAGAGCGCGGACGAGAGCGGCGCGCGCCUCAGCGAGCGGCUGGCGCGGCGCGGCAGCGACAGGUCGCUGGGCUUCAGCGACGACUCGCUCAGCAACGACUCCGCCAGCGCGUCGCCCAACUGCGAGCAGAACGUGCACUCCAUCUACUCCAACAUCGUGUCCGCCAGCUCGGGCUUCAGCGAGAACCGCGGCAGCUUCUCCGAGCACCGCGAGUCCUUCUCCUUCUCCGACCGCGGCAGCUUCUCCGAGCGCGGCGACUUCGGCCGCUCGUCGCUCUCCGAGCGGAGCGACUUCGGCCGCGGCAGCUUCUCGGAAAAGGGCGAGACGCCGCGCUCGUCCUUCUCCGCGCAGGGCGUCCUCGGGGAGGUGAAGGAGUACUGCGAGGACGUGUACGCGCCGCGCGCCGACGACGGCCGCGACGUCGACCGCCUGCAGCGGUCCACCAUGGACUUGCGGCUGACGGAGAUCUGCAGGCCCGAGGAGCGGCGGAUCCCGAUCCUGCUGAGCCCGCAGAAGGUGUCCUGCGUCCAGGAGUACUACGAGGUGGCGCUGUCCACCGUGUGCUCCCAGCUGGACUCGCACCGAAUAGUCGAGCUGCUGAAGGAGACCAUCAACACGAGGGUUCCGCCGCAGAACAUCUUCGUGGAGACCGGCGACCAGAUGGGCGAGCACGACGACUCCGAGGAGCUGACGGGCUUCCUCAACCUGGAGUACUCCGGCGGGAUCCAAAUAGAGCUGGUGGUGUGCGAGAACAAAGCGAAGGAGAAGAAGGGGCUGAAGAUGCGCCGGAUAUCGGGCGACCAGCGCGAGUACGGCAAGCUGUGCCAGCAGCUCAUCACCAGCCUGACGGUGUAGCGACGACACCGACCGACUCGUGAGCGAGUUCCGAGUUUCAUUCCUGAACGUAGCAAACAAAUUAUUCAAUCGUGUGAUAGAAAAUGAUUUCGUGUACAAAGGUAUUUCUAUUUAGGUAGAAUACAAUCUCAAUCUAUUUUAGACUUUAUGUUCGCGACAUACGGUCCGAGUUAGAUUGGAGCUAGCUAUAUAUUUGUAUAUAGUUCGAACGCUAUAGUUUUGUAAAUUAGAAAGUUUCCAUAUUUUCGUCAGUGUCGUACUGACCGUGUAUAAAUAUUGCAACAUUCGAAACGAGAUAGUUAAGUAAGGAGAAUAGUUUAAUUUAUAUUUUUCAUGGUAGGCGAGCAUUCCGCCAUAUUGGCAGUGCAAAGCCGAAACGGAAGCUUUAGUAGAGCCCAUGCAGUGCGCAGUGUGCAGUGUGCAGCGUGCAGUGCGCAGUGCGUAGUGUGCUACACGGGCUAGAGCUGUAAAUGAGAGGAGAAGACAUGUUGACUUCGCGUUGUUACAUAUUUGUAUAUUAUGUUGAUAAAAAUGUAUUGAAUUUAUUUAUUCCAAAAUAUAUUGUGUUAUACUUAAUAUUCCAUUUUAGGAGUAAUUUAAUUAUAAAUUCGUGUAAAUAUUUUUUACUUUAAGCUAUGACUUUAGAUUGCAUUUUAACUGUGACGAAUUAAAUUUAUAUAUAGAAAACGGUUCGCCUGACGAUUGCGAAUUUAAAAAUCGCGAUGGCGUUUUGUAUAAAUUGUGCCCUUAGUGCUCGCUAGUCCAUGAUGAGUGGUCGCACUCCACCGUGUGAUGUACAGUUCAGUACAGGAUGACAAGCAUCCAUCCUGCACACAAUAACUCGACCCCCCACCCAGCGCUCCAGGGAAGCGUACUACAUAAUAUUAUAGUGAGGGCAUUAUCAAGUCGUCGGCCGUCAAUCAUUUUAGUCUAUACAUUGACCAAGAGUUUUGAUAAUGCCCUGUCUAUAGUACAGCACAGAAUGUAUGUAAAAUAAAUGAUUUCCAUUUUAUUCCUACACUAAGGGUACAGAUGUGACACCAAUUUUGAAGUGUACCAAACGGCGCGCGGUGGGAAUUAGUACGACUCGUCCUCGGAGUAAGAGGAUAUUCUUACUCUGAGGAUGAGUCGUGCAGUAAGCAGUGGCUGUGUGCGUACGGUACGCAGCGGCUGAGUGCGUACGGUACGCAGCGGCAGUGUGCGUACGGUACGCAGCAGCUGAGUGCGUACGGUACGCAGCGCGCACUACGUCUGGUCAUACGGAGUACUUUGCCAUAAGUGUAGUUAGAGCCAUGUUAUUAAAGAUUUAAAUAUCAUGUAAAUAAUAUUUUAAUAAACAAUUCUGAUUCCAUAAUGUUAA